UCUGCGGGACGCGCAGCGUCGCGGCGUCCUCCGUGUCUCCGUAUCCUCUACCGAUCUCGCGCACCCGUCUGUCCGUCCGUCAGCAAUCCGACCGAACGGCGCGAACGGCCGGCUCUAGGGUCCAGUGCGACGAAAAUUGUCGGAGGGGAAAUCGGAAUAUCCACAAAGGGAGGCAUGUGGGGGAAGAGAGUAAAUCCGGGAAAAAUAUCAGAGAUACAUGACGCCAUGAUAAGAUGCUUCUUAUCACUGUGACGAUUACGGGACGCCAAGGGUUUUCUCCGAGCGCGAAAAGUUACAUCGAUUACCGUCCCGAAGGAAUACGAUAGCUCGUCCCGAGGAUCACGCUUACAUUUUUCAUUUCCCAAUGCUUUUAUCGUUUCUUCUCGCACUUCAACGUCCCGAUGGCCGGACAAUGGCUGAGAAUAAACGUACGAUCGAAGAUGAAGGGAAUUUAUGCUGAGAGUACGUUCAUUGAUGAUCGGGUCAAAACGGGUCAGCCCUUUUGAUCUUGAUCGAUGUAGGUCGGAGAGCGAAUGCACCUAAAAUAGUCCCUGUUGCUUAAUCGACGUUUGUAUUUCAAUAGUUCUCCGUGCGUCCCUACUCCCGCUUUCAUUAAGGAGUUCUCGAAGGCCGAACUCGCGAGUCCACUUUCCGCAUCGGCUACUAGUCUCGGCUUUACUUUUACAGUGAUACACGCGGCAGACCUAUAAUCCAUCGUGACUUUGCACGUGUGUUUAAAACUUCGGCGAUCGCGUGGCAUCGAGAUAUAGAGAGAGACUCGUUCGCGAUCAAACUUUGCAGUUGAAUGUUGACGCACCGCGGAACUGGUGGCAGUGUCCGGGAGGGAACGCGAGAAGAGGCCGAUUUACUUGCGAUCGGCGGUCUCUCUUCAGCCUGGCGCGAUUAACGCGACGGAUAUACCUAGGUACGCGGACGAUCGAUGCGUAAACGUUUCGUUGAACCUAUAGAUCGACACAAAAGAACGAGAAACGCUUGGAACAGAAACUCUCUGGCGCGACUUCGAUCAAGGUUUUCUUUUUUUUUUUUUCUAAAAUGACUAGACUAGACUAGUAUAGAGGACUGCUUUAAGGCGGGAAGGAAUAUCGAGAUUUGGCAGUCAUGUAGAAGAAGACCGACGUCGGAUCAAGGGCUUUCGCGUUGAUCCUGCAAUCGAUUUCCGGGAGAGGUCAACGGCGACUUCGAAUCGCCGGCUUUUUAGCAUUGAACAAAGCGAGAAAUGAGAUUUUAAGGGGGUUGGGAGGAGAUAUCCGCAUGGCUCAGUGAAUUCUGUGAAUUGAGCGAGGACGAGAGAAAGAACGGAACAACCUCUGACAAAUGUCAUGAACGUUUUCGAAGGGACGCUCUGGACUGUCUCUGGACCGCGCAAAUUUCGGGAAUUUUUGCGAGUGGCGGAAGAAAAGUUCCUUGUGUUUGGUUUCCAAGUUGGACGGGACUUUGGGGCCAGCUUGCCCGGAAAAUUGGCAGUGUUGGUUCACGGGGAUUUUCACAGUGCAUCGUGGAAGACUGCGCGAGAUUCUACCUAUGAGUGAUGCUUUCGGACGUAACGUCGGCGAAAGUUCGGCCGUUAGUUCCGCUCCGUUGAAAGAUACCGAGGAAUCCUCCUCGCCGAGGGCUGAUUCCGCCGCGCGAUUACGCGAGGCGGAACGACGUGGUUGAGGGAAUCUCUCCCGAAAAGAAGAGAGCUCGCCGCGCGCAAGACGCGCAUCUCGCUCUCUCGCGAUUCAUUUAUAAUAAUUGAAGCGAUCGUGCGUCGCACGAACGAUCGCGGCGGAGCGUAUCGUCAAUGGCGCACGUCCAAUCUCCAAUCGCUACAUUAGCUUACGGAUUCCGCGCGAUAUUGCCAAUACGCGUACCAGUGUAUAUCCCGACGAUCGGAUUUAGCUCGCGAAUCGAUCAAAAGAAACGAGCGCCCCUACUUCCGUGAGAUCGAGCCGCGCGGAUGUAAAGCUCGCCGAAAAAGGGGGAUCCCAAGGAGACGCGGAAGGAGAGGAAAUCUGAGAGAAAUUUACGAAACGUUGUAAAACUAAUUACGAUUAAAACUAAUUUAAUAAAAAUGAGAUCGGAGCACACAGCCGUGGCGCUUAGGCGUAUCCGUGCGCUCGUGACGCGACGCAUACAAAUCCAGUGAAUGUGAAAAGUGUCGGCUUUGUUAUAUCGCGCUUGUUCGUAACUCCUCCCUCGUCGGCUUUCGUUUAUAUCGUGCGCGCCUGCUCAUUCUCAUUCUUUCGAGCAGUGAACGAAUACACACGUACACACGGGUGGCGGAUCGCGUGCCCGCGGUCUCGUGCCCCGACGCUUGUCGUUACACGGCCGAUCGUAAGUGUAACGAAACUUCCUGUACAACGUCCUGUUAUCGCGUCCUGUCACGGUACGGUAAAAAUUUCGCGCUGUUUGUGGUCCAGUCCGCCGCCGUUAUACGGAUCCGAUUCUCGGAGAGGGAGAGACAACGACGACUCGUCGGCGGAGGGAAAUAUGUGCGGCGUGGGAUACUCGUUUUGGAUCGGACUCGAUUACCGGAAGUCCGUACGGAUUCGUCGGCACGGCGACACUCGCAUUUAGGCACCUGAAACGACCCGCGGGGCAGGACGAGGGGGGGAAGCGAGAGGAGGAAUACGGGUGCGAGGGAGUGCGUGAGCGAUUCUAAUCAACGUCGAUUGAGUUAGAUUGGGGUCGAAGUGGUUUCGAAAGGGACACCGAUAAAACCAUGGGCAUCAUGGAUGCGUGGAAGGGCGGCCGGAUAAUCUAUGCUUAUCUCAUAUGGGUCGUCUUCAAGGCUACCACGGCGGGGGGACUUUAUGAUACCAUGAAUUCGUUGGUGGACGAGAUGGUCGUGGAGGCGGGGAAGAACGUCACGCUGGGCUGUCCGGGGGUGACGGAGGAUUCGCUGGUGUUGAUGCUCGAGUGGCGGGCAAACGGGAUGCGGCUGCUCGAGUAUAAGAGCAGAAGCACGACUGUUGUGCGGCGAACAGAACAGAACAGAAUGUCCUUGUCGUUGAAAAAUUAUUCGCUGCAGCUGCACCCCGUCACCGCCGCCGACAGCGGUAUGUACGAGUGUCUCGUGAACAACCGGAAUACGCCGGAAGCGGUGAUCAAGCUCAUCGUGCGAGGUAAGUGGCGGAAUGUUCUUAAUCGCCUUCCCUCUGUCCUUCUCUUUUCGUGUGAUAUGUACUUUCCGUGGGAACAAGUCCAGUCCAGGAUAAUAUAG